AUGACAAGAACAUGUGGUGCAUCUUUUAGUUUUCGAGGAGAGAGUUCGUCGCAGGGCGAAGCUCGGAGAAGACCUACCGUUUUUGCUCGUAGAGGUCGUGCAACUCUUAUCCAGGAUGACCCCAUAGCCGAGGAGCGAGCCGUUGAGGAACAAACAUAUGAGGCGUAUGAGACUCAUGGUGAGGAGGAUGCAUUUGAGGCCCUUAACAACGAUGACAAUAAGGAGGAGCAUGCGGAUGUUCAUGACAUACAAGAGGAUGUCGGUGGAUUUCCUGGAGGUCCACGUGAUGAUUCAUUGCUGACGCACUAUGUUGAGCAUGUAGCUUAUGCUAUUUCAGAAGGCCGGGAGUUGGAGUUUGAGGAGGCUCGUACAGCCCUUCUGCAGUUGCUCGGCGUUGAUGGUGGCACAACAGGUGCUGAGAUGGAGGACGCACGUGGUCCGAAAGUCAGACUCAGCUGGCUUAGAGAGAUAUAUGUUCAGAGAGACGUACACGCGUGUGACAGAUAUGCCUGGGGUGUUGCUACACUCGCCCAUUUAUACGAGCAGCUCGGGGAUGCGAGUCUCGCCUCCACGAAGCAGAUGGCCGAAUAUUUGACUCUAUUUCAGAGUUGGAUAUACGAACAUUUCCCUGGCAUGGGGAGGAGGCGGUUGGUGACUUCUUACGAUGAUACCACACCACAUGCCAUGAGGUGGCAGAGCCCUAGCAGAGUUCCACUCUCGCGGAGAUUCAGUCACAGUUGGAUGCGCUGCCAUACAAUGGAGUUGUGUGGGAUCCGUAUGAGGGGCAUCGGGCUAUUCGGCCAUUCUUCAACAUCUCAAGACAUUCCACGAUCACCAACUACGAUUCCAGAUGUAGAUAUAGUGGCCAUUGAUCAUGUUUGGUUGCACUUUAGAGCUCACGUUGUAAGUAAUGUCAGACAUGCAGCAUCCCCUUCUGACUGUGUCGAUGGGUACAUUCAGUGGUUCAGGAGGGUCUGA